CGAUAUCAUCUCACCACCAUCACCAUCAACAUCGCCUUCACCGCAUCGGCCAUCUGCGCGCGAAUAUCCGACAGCUGGCAACACGGAUAGCGUCCAGCAUACAUUCUUCUUGAAACGCAUACAGACACCGUCAGCGUGCUCUCUUGGGCGGUGGACGACGCCGGACCAAAGGUCAGACGGAACACAAUAGCGCCUGGUCAACGAAGGAACCCUCCUACUCUUGCUCUUCACGAGUAAGCUGGGCCUCACACGUUAAUUCUCUUCAAGCUUUUGUUAUCAGCACGAGGACCCCUUGCGUUGUGCUUCUGUGGAAAUCCUGUCUGAUCGAACGCGUACAGGCAUCUUCUGACGGAUGGCAAAGGGCCAGCAGCGCGGCCGCAAGAAGGACAGCCGGCAGCCGCAUCCCCGAUACCAAAUCACCCCAAGGGAGGCAACAAGACACGCUAUCUUAACGGCCGCAUCUGGUGAAACACUAACAGAACAAAUGGCGGCCGCAUCUGUUGAAACACUGACGGAACAAAUGGCGGCCGAGGAUAAUCCGGAGAGCCCCCGCUUGCCGCCGCUUGCUUUGCACCAUCCUGACAUGGACAUCAAGAGCAACAGCAGCAGCAGCAGCAACAGUGGAGUUACAUCUAGCAGUGUGCAGGCCGGCAGGGGACGCGGACGCGGUCGUGGACGCGGUCGAGGGAGUAGUACAGCUACACAUCUCCAUCAACAACAUACGCGGCACUCACUCUCCCACCACUCUUCCGGCAAUAGUGCCGCAUCCGCAAGCGCAACGCGUCGCGGCAGCCUGUAUGAGGAGGAGCGCGAUGAGUUGGAGGAAGAAGAUGGACGGGAAGAAGCAGAGGUGGACAAGUCCUUCACGCCGGAGGAGCGAGAGGCGGCCCAAUCCAUGAGCAAGAUGAGCGCCGGCGCUGCUCGUCUCGCACAUGAGAGUACGCAAGUAAAUCAAGAUCAAGCCACAGAGCCUCGCAGCCUCCCUGGUGCAGCUGCUCAGUUACCUGAGGUGGCUUCUGAUUCGAUCGUGGACGAAGGUGCAUCCUCACCCGAGAAAGGUGGUGGCUCGAGAAGCCGCCGCGAAGGGUCAGGCCCGCCAGCUUCAGGUGCGAGCGCCGCAGCACUGCGGCUCUACACAAACAGCCCACAUAUCUCGAAUGACAAGCUGGCCGCUGAAGCCCCACCACCUGUACUACCAUCAAAGAGGGGACGUGGACGGGCGGCCAAUCGUUCUUCUGCAGCUGCAGCCGUCAAAGCAGAUGCUGGGCACAAGAACAGUCCUCCUCGCGCAGCAGCCAUUAGUGUACCUGCCGCAGCAGACGACAGCAACGUCAGCAGAAUAUCUUCGCAGCAGCAGCAUUCUCACUCGGAGCACUUGCGCCCGGAAGAGACGCAAAUACAGCGUUCUCGUUCGGCUGAUAUAGACGACGCAGCGCCACUCAUGUCCUCGAUCUCUCGCAGCGACUCAAAGGCGCAAGUUUCUCCUUCUGAAGGAGCAUCAGAGGGCAACGGGCAUGAUGCAGCGGAGAAGCAUGAAGGGGAAGGAAAAGGAGCUGGAGCAGCAGCAUCGAGUGGAGCUGACCAGAAGAAGCGGGCAGCGGCAAAGAUGGUCUUGCAGCCGAUUCCGCCUUUUCGUGGGAAAAGGUCCGAUGCUGGAGCGGGUGCAGCAGGGCUGAUUAGUGCGCGCGAGCCGAUUGGGACUUCGCCAAUAGGGCUCAGCAGCACGCCGCUGCCUCCUGGCGUACCCAAGCCACCCGCGGGCACUGGCGAUCUGAGCAUUGAAGAGGUCGAGAAAUUCUUACAGCUCGUUGAGCAGCAUAAUCCACCUUCAACUGAUGAAAACGUCAUGGCAGAGAGUGUUAAUGCGUUGUAUCAGGACUGGCUCAUCUGGUGCAGCAAGACCAAACGAAAGUCUAAGCCAAAGAGCGCGCUGAUAUCCGAGUUUGUCACGAUCCACAGCGGGUUUUAUGGCUCGUACUGGCAGAGCAAAGCGAUUUCCAUUGCGGGCACGCCCAAUCUGAAGCCAGUCGGUCUACCGCCCAUGGGCGGGAGUGGACCUGCACGAACGGGUGCUGGCGCUGGUAUGGGUGCCGGUAGCGCCAUGUACCCUCAUGCGCCGCCACAAGGUACAUCACUGCCCCCGCCUACGCGCCAUCUGCCGUCCGGCCAGCCGCAACCGACAGGGACCCGCUUGCCUCCACCGAUUCACACGCAGAGUAUGCCUGUCGGAAUGGGCCAGUCAUGCAUCAGUGCCCAUGCUUCGCGAGCGCCGCACAAGUCGGCUCUUCCACGUGGUCGCUCACCAAUGACGUCUGCCUCGGCAUUCCCGCCAACGUCGAGUCUCAGCGGCGCUGGUAGUGGCAGCUCUUUGCUCGGCUAUGGACGCUCACCGGCUGCCGAUACGAGAGCGGGUCAACGAAACGCUUCACAACCGGAUGCGAUUAAGCAGAGCCCGCGCACGUCCGCCGCUGCUGCUGCUGCUGCGCGUCCUGCUAGUUCCACUGGUAACUCGUCUACUCACACGGUCUCAGGGAGUAUCACCAAAACAGACUCGUCCAUGCCUGGCGGUGUCCCGGGAGAUGGCCCAGCCGCAGCCGAUAUCAGCAGUGGCAGCGUACUACCUCCACUAACUUCCGUGCACAAACCACAUGCUGUUCCACAAACGCCCGCUCAACCGCCCUCGCACUGGUUGCGCUCGUACUCUGGCUCAGAGUCUGGACAUGCUGCUGGCGGUCCACAAGCAUGCGGAUCUUUACCUCUGACAACGACCGUGCCGCCCGAGUUGCUUGAACAACUCAAGCAGCAGAUUAAGGCAGAAGUGCGUGCAGAUCUGAACGCGAUCAUCGAUGCAGAAGUUGCCGAGCAAACGCGUGAGGUGCACCAAAAGAACAAAAACCUGUUCAACAGAGUGCGAGAGCUGGAAGAAUGGGUGCAGCACUUGAUUAGAGAUUACGAGGAGCGAUCCGGCAUCCAUCCCAACGUGCGCGCGCCUUCUGGAUUAGGAAACUCACCCAGUCGUACUGGGACGGCAGGCUCGCGCGGGAACGAUGGAAGGCGUGCCGGAGACAAAAUUUCUCCGUCAUACCCGCACGAUGGACCCUACCGAGCGCCGCCGCGAGACACUCCGGUCGACGACCGGGCCACACCUUGGACAGAGCCUGGGUCCUAUCAUCCCCGCAAUGGCACAUCUGUAGACGCGGCAGGGGCGCCGAGCCCGGUCCAGCGCGCCUCCUCACUCUACGUCACGUCGGAGCGUGCGCAAGAAAUGGUCCGUGGCGAGACCGACCCUUACGCGGAUAGGCGCUUUGGCAAGUCUACACUGGGAGGAGGGUAUGGCGGGACGUACGGCCCAACGCCACUUUACCCGCCGUACGGUUCGCGCUCGGAUUACCACGUCGACUCGCAUGAAUCUUACAGGCCAGCGACGCUUCGCGUCCGGGAUGAAGAACCUCCUUCCAGCAAGCGGCAGAGAUACGAAUAUUGAUUGUUACUGCAUUUUGCAAUCAUCUCACUAAUACAAGCAAGCAACGUACCCUUGCUUCCCUUUAGUCUCUCGCACACCCUUUGAUGUAAAGCAUUGUCUAAUGUUUCAAUACAUGCAGACCCUAACUCGACAGGUCUGCUGUUUCCGCAUCUACCAUGGCGACGAGAUGGCUGUAGCCAAGGAAGACAGCCUCCUCCCGUAACGCAGCUAAGAUCUGUACUUGUAGGUCCGU